AUCCCCUGGCAGUGAAGAAGAUGAUUGUGAUCCUCUUGAAGCCCACCAUGCAAUGGUUCUCCCCCAUGCGGUCCCCUCCUCCCCACCCCAUGCAUCUAGCAGAGUUUGGGAAGAUAUGUGCUGGUGCAGAGCCGGUGUAGAUAGGAUUCUUGUGUUAUGAGAAGCACACAUGAGCUCUGUGACCUCCUCCACUGACGUGUGUGCUGACGAUCACGGAAUUAGGUGGAGGACCCGUCGGGGAUCCGUCCAGUUGGCUGCUGAUCGCACACACUGCACAGCUUGGAAAGUGUCUGUCAGCAGAAGAUCGGCUCUCCGGAUGGCUCAGUGAGGGGGGCAUUCGUCUCGCUUGGAUUAUUUCACGGCUUUUUCCUCCUUGGCUUUGGGAAUUACACUUUGCUCAGGUCAUCUGGAGUUGUCUGCUGCUCAGGUUCAUAGGCUGGGGCUUGUAGAAAGGAUGGUCACCUGGGGACUCUACACAUCAGGGGGAUCGCAGGUUCUGAUCAGCUGAUCGCAUUGCUUUCUUUUGGAUGGAAUACACUUGUGGAUCUGCAGUGGAUAUCAGGAGCAGCUAAAGAGCCAUGCAUUGGUUUAUGUCACAUGGAAAAAGCCAAUCACCUCUGCUAUCCCAGAAAUAACUUGCACUAGAAUGAACUAGGAAAAUAAUGAAAAUCUGCAAUGAUGGAGAAUAGGACUUCAGGCAUUCAAGUAAACGCAGAUAAGACAAAUCUCUCUAUGGAAAAAUCCAACAGCCCAGUUUAUGGCAGCCGAGAACUGAUUGGUUCAGAUGAUGGCUCUAGUGUUGAAGAUACAGAUUUUAACUGGGAUGAGUAUCUAGAGGAAACAGCAUCAAGUUCUGCACCACACACUUCUUUCAAACAUGUGGAAAUUAGUCUUCAGAGCAGCUUCCAACCAGGAAUGAAACUGGAAGUGGCCAAUAAGAAUAAUCCAGAUACUUACUGGGUUGCAACUAUCAUUACAACAUGUGGACAGUUACUUCUGCUGAGGUAUUGUGGCUAUGGAGAAGAUCGCAGGGCAGACUUCUGGUGUGAUGUCAUGACUGCAGACCUACACCCUGUUGGUUGGUGUACACAAAAUAACAAAGUCUUGAUGCCUCCAGAUGCAACAUUAGGUGCCAUUGUGUUCCAGCGCCAACAGCACUUCAACCUUUCCAAUGGCACAGCAUCUGGUGGUAUAAAGGAGAAAUGCACUGAUUGGGCUGAAUACCUUAUUCAUGAUUUGACUGGUUCCAGGACUGCACCAGCAAAACUUUUAGAGGGACCUCUUCGAGGAAAAACCCCAGUAGACCUCAUUACAGUCGAUUCACUGAUAGAGCUUCAGGACUCCCAAAACCCCUUUCAGUACUGGAUAGUCAGUGUGAUAGAAAAUGUGGGUGGAAGACUACGACUGCGCUAUGUCGGAUUGGAGGAGUCAGAUGCCUGCGAUCAAUGGCUGUUUUACUUGGACUGUAGACUUCGACCAGUUGGCUGGUGCCAAGAAAACCAGUGUAGGAUGGAACCACCUUUGGACAUUUGUCCACUGAAGACUAUAACUGAAUGGAAAUGUGCUCUAGAGAAUUCCCUGAUAAAUGCUGCAAGUUGUCCAUUACCUGUUGAAGUUUUUAAGGAUCAUGCUGACUUACGGAGCCAUUCCUUUACUUCUGGGAUGAAAGUAGAGGCAGUGGACCCAACUGAGCCUUGUCAUAUUCGUCCUGCAACUGUGACCAAGGUUUUUAACAACCUUUAUUUCCAAGUGACUAUUGAUGAUUUGAGACCAGAAGCAAAAAACGUGUCAUUGCUUUGCCAUGCCGAUUCACUGGGACUUUUGCCUGUACAAUGGUGCCUUAUAAAUGGAGUAAAUGUCACUCCUCCUAAAGGUUAUCCAGAGCAGGAUUUUGACUGGGCAGAUUACCAGAAGCAGUGUGGAGCAGAGGCAGCACCAAACACAUCUUUCAGAAAUACAUCCAACUCUCGUGGUUUUACAAAAAACAUGAAGCUGGAGGCUGUUAACCCAAAUAAUCCCUCAGAAAUAUGUGUUGCAUCUGUGACCAAAGUAAAAGGGAGAUUACUGUGGCUCCAUCUUGAAGGUCUGCAACAGCCACCUCAAGAAUAUAUCAUUGAUGUGGAAUCAGUGAAUAUUUUCCCUGUAGGGUGGUGCGAAGCUAAUUCCUACCCCCUGAGUACACCACACAGAGCAACUGUGAAAAAGAAGAGGAAGAUUGCCGUUGUACAGCCAGAAAAACAAUUGCCAUCCUCAGUGCCUGUAGAGAAAAUACCUCAUGACCCUUGUCCUUUUCCUCAGACUGAUAAUUUUUCAACAGGAACCAGCAAUGGAAAAUACUGUUGUCCCCGACUGUAUAUAAAUCACCGUUGCUUUUCAGGACCAUAUUUAAAUAAAGGUCGGAUAGCAGAACUACCUCAGUCAGUAGGUCCUGGGAAAUGUGUGUUGGUUCUUAAAGAGGUCCUCAGUAUGGUAAUUAAUGCUGCUUAUAAACCUGGACGGGUCUUACGAGAGCUUCAAUUGGUGGAAGAUACAUCGUGGAAUUUUCAGGAAGAAACUCUUAAAGCCAAAUAUAAAGGGAAAACCUACAGGGCAACUGUGAGGAUCGUCCGCACAUCAGACCAAGUGUCAGAUUUCUGCCGGAAAGUCUGUGCAAAACUGGAAUGUUGUCCCAAUUUGUUUAGUUCAUUGCUGGUCACUGAUGUGUGUCCUGAAAACUGCUCCGUACACACCAAAACCAAAUACACUUAUUAUUAUGGAAAACGGAAAAAAAUAUCGAAACUACCAGUUGGACAACCCAAUUUAGAUGACAAUCAAACCAAACCAGUUAGGAGAAGAAAGAAAAGAAAAUCAAUUUUUGUACAGAAAAAGAGACGGACCUCAGUGGUUGAUGUCAGUCCUGUUGGGUCAGCUGAGGAGAGCAUUGAAGAUGAUGGCGUGGAAGAAGACACGGGGAGUGAAGAAACAAGUUCUGAAUUACGUGACGAUCAUACAGAUACUUCUUCUGUUGAAGUUCCCUCUGUACGUCCAAGAAGAGCUGUAACUCUUAGGAAAAGCAUAGGGUCUGAAAGGCCACCAUUGGUAGAAAGAGCCAGAAGAGUUAGAAAAACACGUUCCCUCUCUUACACUGAAGAAGACAAGGCUACAAAUGUGAAGAAUGAAAAGAAGCAGGAAGAGGAGGAGGAAGAUUGUUUAAUACUAGAAAGUAAUCCUUUGGAGUGGACAGUAACUGAUGUGGUCAAGUUUAUAAAGUCUACAGAUUGUGCUGCAUUAGCAAAAAUCUUUCAAGAACAGGACAUCGAUGGGCAAGCACUGUUAUUGCUGACUCUCUCCACUGUCCAAGAAUGCAUGGAGUUGAAACUGGGCCCAGCCAUUAAGCUGUGCCAUCAAAUAGAAAGAGUAAAAAUGGCAUUCUAUGCACAAUAUGCUAAAUAAAUCCUGUGUUCUGUUUUGCUGUACCCAAUUCAUUACAGUAAAUGUUCAGGUGAAAGCAUGUGUUUUUACAAAGGCAAAUCAAAAUGAUUAUAAAAGGUUCCUACUUUUCACAGAGACACAUUUAUAAAUAUUGCUGCCAUCUUUCCAAAUAGCUAUGAUCAGUCUUUGCUAGAGGAAAAAAAAAAAAA